AUUAUUUUUCCUCUGGUUAUUGUUUUUUUGUUGAUUAUUAAUUAUCGUUGAAUCGUUUUCUGGUACCGCCCUGUGAUCGAACGCGCGCCACUGUCGAGUGUCGACGCGACAACGCAUCACGAACCGUUACCGCAGCAGCAGGUGCGAAGGAUUUGGAGUUUCGACACAACAACACAUUACUAUUAUUAUUAUCAUCAUCAACAGUGCGACCUGCCUACAUAAGUUCCUACUUGUUCAGAACUAGCCAUUUGAAGGCCUUAAGUUUACUUCUGUUUUUUUAUCCCGUUUUUUACAAUAAAUUCUACUUUAAGCAUUGUGAAGUCACCUUUGUCAYUUUUCUCGCAAUGGUCUUCCAGUACCCCAACCGUCAUAAACUUAYUACCAUCAUUGUUGCUACUGCAGACAAUACCACUGAAUAUCUCACAUUAUGAUAUACUACAUUGGAAUGCAAAAUAUAUAUUUAUUUUUAAAAAUUAAAUUAAUAAAUAAAAAAUAUCAUAAUAUUAUAUCAAGUUGAUAAUGAGCAUUUGACACUAUGGAGAACUUAUCACCAUUGAAUCAACCUAGCAAGUUAAUUCGACCACCAACAUUGAAACGAGGCCGAUCUGGUGAUUCACAAGGUGGCAAAAUCAAACUUGAAAGGGUUAUUGGUUUGACAGUGUCAACAAAUUCAUCAUUAGAUGUUGAUAAUAAUACUGGCACCAUUGCUUAUCCAGCUGGAUGUACUGUWGUAUUCCACAAUCCAGUUUUGGGUUCUGAAACUCAUUUGUCUAACAUCUGUAGAAAAUCAAUAACAUGUUUAACUUUUUCAUCUGAUGGAAGAUAUCUCGGUACUGGGGAAUGUGGUCAUCAGUCAAAUGUUAGGGUUUGGGAUAUGGCAGAUUUUACUCAAAUAGCUGAAUUCCCUGGUCAUAAAUAUGGAAUAAAUUGUGUGGCUUUUUCCCCCAAUCAAAAGUAUUUAGUUUCUGUAGGAUCACAACAUGACAUGAUUGUGAAUGUUUGGGAAUGGAAAUUAAAUUUAAAGUAUGCAUCUAACAAAGUUUCUGCUAAAAUUAAAGCUAUUGCCUUCUCAGAUAAUGGUAAUUUUAUAACAAUUGGCAACAGACAUGUAAAAUUUUGGUACUUGCAGUCAUCUAGAUCCGUUACUUACAAAGAACCAGUACCAUUAAUGGGCCGGUCAGCUAUUUUAGGAGAGCAACGAAAUAAUGAUUUUAUUGAUGUUUGUUGCGGACAUGGUGAACUAAAAGAUUACACAUAUGCAAUAACAAAAUCUGGUUUACUGUGUGAAUUCAAUAAUCGUAGAUUAUUAGAUAGAUGGGUUGAAUUAAAAACUACUAGUGCCAAUUGUAUGGCUAUUGGUAAUCAGUUCAUUUUUGUUGGAUGUGCUGAAGGUAUUGUUAGGUGUUUCAAUCCUGGAACUCUUCAAUUUGUUACUACUUUACCUCGAACUCAUUAUUUAGGUGUUGAUGUAGCCCAAGGGCAUGACAUAAGCCAUAUGGCCAAUAUUCCACCAAAUGCAAAGUAUCCUGAUGCGAUAGCACUUGCUUACGAUGAAACUAAUAUGAAGGUCACUUGUGUUUACAAUGAUCAUAGUUUAUAUGUAUGGGAUGUAAAAGAUAUUAAAAGAGUGGGAAAAUCAAAUUCCUUUCUAUUUCAUUCUGCAUGUAUUUGGGGAGUAGAAAUGUAUCCUGCAUUAGAGCAUGAUUUACAAAUUCCAAAAAAUUCAUUUAUAACCUGCUCCAGUGAUGAUACCAUUAGAGUUUGGAACCUAGACAGAAUAGAAUGUGAUAGAAAAUCUCUUUAUCAAAAAAAUAUCUACAGUAAUGAACUUCUUAAAAUAAUUUACAUUGAUCCAGACCUAAAUUUUAUUAAGAAUACAGAAUUAAAUUUAGUUGAUAAAAAUGAUUCAUCAUCAUAUGAUGGCAGGAAUGGUGUUCGAGCUAUAAGAAUUAGUCCUGAUGGUGUACAUCUUGCAUCUGGCGAUCGUUCUGGUAACAUAAGAGUUCAUGAUCUGAAGACUUUACGGCAGAUUUGUUUAAUUGAGGCCCACGAUGCAGAAGUGUUGUACUUAGAUUAUACCAAGUAURGUGAAAAGAUCAAGUUAUUUGCUUCAGCUUCAAGAGAUAGAUUGAUACAUGUAUUUAAUGUUAAUAAAGGAUAUGAUUUUACCCAAACUUUGGAUGACCAUUCAUCAUCAAUAACAGCUGUUAGGUUUAUAAACUCGCAGAAUAAACUUCAAAUGGUUUCUUGCGGAGCAGACAAAUCAAUAAUAUUCCGAAACUACAAUGAGUCUGGUGAUAAGAACCAAGGYGGUUUUGUCCAUGAUCAUUAUGUAUCAGGAAAAACAACGUUUUAUGAUAUGGAAGUGGACCCUAAACAGAAACAUAUUAUGACUGCAUGUCAAGAUCGAAAUAUUAGAGUAUACAAUACAACAUCUGGAAAACACACAAAAACAUUCAAAGGUUCUGUAGGAGAYGAAGGCUCACUUAUCAAAGUAGUACUAGACAGAAGUGGAUCAUACAUUGCUACUAGUUGCACUGACAAAACUCUGUGUGUGUAUGAUUUUGUUGCUGGAGAAUGUUUGGCUACUAUGUAUGGUCAUUCAGAACUAGUUACUGGAUUAAGGUUUACUAAUGAUAGUAAACAUUUAAUAUCAGCUAGUGGUGAUGGUUGUAUAUUUGUAUGGCGAAUGCCAUCUGACAUGGUCAGACAUGCUAAUUCCAAUAAGAAACAAAUAUCUAGGAGUGAAARGCCAGUUCCAGUUUCUAUUAUUGAAAAUGAAACGAUAUCAUCUACACAUAAAAUUGUUGAAGAAAAUGAGACAAAUACAUUUAGUAUUCCCGCAGAUGGCCACCAAUUACCAUUAUGGGCUAAAAAUCAAGUCUCUGGUGAUAUUCCAACUAAUACAUUGUUAAAUUCAUCUCAAAACCAAAUUAACGCUCCCAAAGGACAAUGGGCUCAACGAGCAACUAGUUCAUCAGAACCUAGUAGUAUUUUACAACUACCCAUUAUUAAAGAUGAUUCUGAUUGCUUUAAAGACGAUAGUUCUGUAGACAGUGGUACUGAAACUAGCAGAUCAAUUUAUCCUGAAAGUCAAAAAGAGUCAUUAAUAGUACCCAAAAAGACAAUGCGUGUACCUCCUGUAUUUGUUCCACAUGACUUUGAGGAAAAUACUUUAGYUCAUGAUCGUUAA